CGGGGGCUGCAUGUGCGCAGCGUCGCUCGCGGAUCUCCAAAGAGUGAUCUCAGCAUCCCGCAGGCUCGGUCAAAAGCAGCGACGAAACGUCAGCCGCUGCCAGACAUGGAUGAAGGAAUCUCCCGCUUGCCGGAGAGGCAGCUACUGGAGCACAGGGAUUUUAUAGGGCUGGACUACCCUUCCCUGUAUAUGUGCAAGCCCAAAAGAGGCGUGAAGAGGGACGAGAGCAAGGAAACGUACAAACUGCCGCACAGACUGAUAGAAAAGAAGAGGCGAGACAGGAUUAACGAAUGCAUUGCCCAGCUGAAGGAUUUACUGCCCGAGCAUCUGAAAUUGACGUCCUUGGGACAUAUGUGUUACUGA